AUGGUGUACUUAAAUGCGGACAGUAUUGAUCCGCAGGAUAGCGAGUCGUUGAACAACCCAAUUUUCACUCAAGAUUUUCUAAACAGUAUACGACUUUCUGGCUUGCCAAAUCACUCUCUACGUCUUAAGGUUGGUGCACAUGUUAUGCUUCUAAGGAAUAUAGAUCCAAACGGUGGUUUGUGCAACGGUACAAGAUUGCAGAUUACCCAAAUGGGUAAUAAUGUUCUCCAAGCAAGUGAUAGAGAUAGAGUUGGGCACAAAGUUUUGAUUCCGAAGGUUCUUAUCAAACCGUCCUAGACCGAUACAAAAUUGCCAUUCAGGAUGAGGAGAAGACAGUUUCCAAUGUCUGUCGCUUUUGCGAUGACUAUAAACAAUCAAGGACAAUCACUUACCGAGGUUGGUUUGUUUCUACCUAGACCAGUUUUUUCUCAUGGGCAACACUAUUUAGCAUUAUCCAGGGUGACAUCAAAGAAGGGAUUGAAAAUUCUAAUUGUGGAUAAAGACGGACAAUCACAGAAACAAACAAUGAAUGUUGUUUUUAAAGAAGUUUUCCAGAAUCUGAGAAAUUGA